UUGCACUUUUUGUGUUGCAGAUUUUCAGAUUUUCAUAUUGUUUUGCGAGUGUUACGCACCAACACACCCACAAACUAAAGAAUAAAUAGGAAGAUGUUAGGUACCUACAACAAGAAUAUAUAAGAUGUUGGGUCUUUGGGGCCCCCUAAAGCACUAAUUGAGGAAAACUGUAGCACCUCAAAGUCACUACACUGUUGUGGAACAGCAUUAGACAUGUCUUCAUAGGCCCCAACAAACAUUGACAGAAGAAAAUAUCAUUUGUUCACCAUAUCAGCAUCUUCAGCAACUUCAUCUUCUAACUUUUAUAGCAUCCUGACAAGAAAAACCUGAACUGUUGUCAAAAGGGGAAGACAUGCCAGCAAACCUCUCUGCUUCCUUGAAUCGUGCAAGUUUUAAACAAUACUCAAUUCAUCUGAGGGUGAAGAUUUUAUUGACAAUGACAGAUUUACAACUGGGAAACUUCAGUGAAAGUGAGUUUACUGGUGGAAAUGAUUCAACUCUUCCUUCAUCUCAGUAUGGUCACUUGCCUGCAGACCAAGUGGUCCAUCGAAAGCGCAAGAGUGUGCCUAUUGCCAUUGGAGAUACAUUAGAAAAGACCAAGAAGAGGCCCAAUAACAGAUUAAUCUAUACAUCUAUUGAAAAUAUUUCUGUUGAAACUGCUCCAGCUAUCCUGAAAAAUAAGGCAGUUGGUUUUUUGCAUGAAACUAAUAAAAACUUGGGACCAAUUAAUAUGAAAAUAAAUGAUUCAUGUGUUGGCCUGUCUGUUUGUAGCACUCUUGGCCCAUUUGUUAUUUUCAAAUAUCCAAUGGCUCGAAUAUCUUCCGAAUUUUGCAGUCUUGAAGACUAUUUCUACAAACCAAAAUUCAAAUCUACAGAAGCUGAAUGGGAAAGAGCUAAAUUCUAUACAAAUUUUCAAGAACACUUAUAUAGCAAAAACGAAUUCACUCCAGAAGAGUUGGAAAAUGAAUUAAAUGAAAGAAUAAAUAAAAUUGCCAAGCAUUUUAAGGAUUUUAAUCUUGGUGCUCUUGAUGAAAAGUCCAUGGAAAAAAAAAAGAUGAAUAAAGUUGACUAUGGAAGGCCUUACCUGCCAACAUACAAGGAGCUUGAGUUUCUUGGCAAGUUAUUCAUGGACAAGGGAACUGAUGCUGAUGAAGACACUGUGUUUGAAAACCUAAAUAAAGUGAAGCAAAACCCACACAGCAUGUAUAAUAAAGGAAUGUUUACUGAAAAAGAGAACCAAAUUAUUGCUGAAAAUUGGAAUAAGUUUCAAAAAGAGUAUAAAUUUUAUGACAUGCGCCCCCUGAUAAACUACCGCACCUGCAUUUUGAAAGGCAGUCAUGACUCAUUUGUAGUAGAGAAGGCUUACUUCAUCUCAGUGCGUCAACAAAAACAGUUUCUAACAUAUAUGAGGAAAGGAUUAAACCGAAGUUUGCUCCAGGUUAGAUGUCACAUUUAUUCAUUAGUAUCGAAUAACUUCAGCCAGCUAAUUCAUCGAAACAGAGAGAAAAGAGAUCAGUGUCUAAUUGACAUUUUUCUCAAGCGCUAUGGCAUGGAUCUUCUUUCUAUGGAGUUCAUCCUGAACUCUAAGACUACCACAGAUCUGUGCGAGUACCUCUAUAAAAACUAUUGCUUCAAGCUCUGCCCAAUUGCCGAUGGACCAUGGACAGAAGUAGAGAUGUUGCGUCUCAUCAAAGGAGUGGUGUACACCUGGAACAAAAUGCCAACUCAAAAUGCCUCCUCUUCCCUCAAGAAUAUUAACUGGAAGAAAGUAUUCCUUUUUGUUAGAACACGAACGCCAUUUGCCUGCCGCAAGACGUAUCGCUUAUUUGUAAAAGAAGCUUUGCAUUUGCAUCACUACAAGCUGAAGCACCCAGAUGCUGAGGAUCUCCCAAAGUGGACAUCUAAGCAUGAAUUGAUGCUCAUUAAAGAGAUGAUCAGAUCCCCUGCCACGACACUGGCAGUGAUGGACUUCAGGUCAAUGAUGGCCCUACCGGAGUUUGAAGGCUUCAGUGACAGCUACCUGCGGCGCAUGGCGCGUGAUGCUAUUGCUGCCUGGGUGCCUCUGCCGCAGCGGCGCAACCUCGACGACUCGCUGGACUACCUAGCUACUCACAUCCUGCCAAAGCUCGAGCGCAAGCUUGACAACCACUCCAGAGUGUUGAAGCAGAUUAAUCUCUACCGAAGUGCCAAGCUUGCAGACGCCAUACCCGAGUAUCUCGACGAACACAUCAAGCGAAUGUUCGCUACUGUGCCGCUGCAUCAGCUUGACAUCACUGAGCCUGAUGUCGAGGAUCCGGACCUUGAGGACCCUAACCUCCUGGAUGGGUUGGAUGAUGACGACCUCAAGUUGAAGAAAGAAGAUUGCGAUUUGUUUGGUGAUGAUGACCUCGAGCUACAGAGAGAUGAUUGCGAGUUGUACGAAGAUGAUGACUUCGAGUUGGGUGAAAGAAAACACGACUAGGGGUGAGAGAUCGCGAGUUGUAUGACGACGAUGUUUUACGCCAUUCUACGACCGAUAGGAUGAUUAUAAUGAUGUCAAGUUGGAAGAGUUGGAACAGUGUGAUGAUGAGCUAAAGAAAGCUGUCGCACCGCAGUAAAAAAAACCUCGAAAAAAUUUUA